AUGGAGCUGCCCAUGAGUGACUACCAACAAGGUCUGAGCAUGAGUGAAGUAGCUAACGGACAAGGAGGGAAGGAGGAGAGGCCAAAGGGAAGCAGGAACAAGUUCUUGGGAGUGAGGCGGCGGCCGUCUGGCAGAUGGGUAGCAGAGAUAAAGGGCACAACUCAGAAGAUAAGGAUGUGGCUGGGCACCUUUGAGACCGCGGAAGAGGCGGCGCGCGCCUACGACGAGGCCGCCUGUCUGCUCCGUGGAUCGAGUGCCCGCACGAACUUCGCCACCAAGGUGUCUUCUGAUUCACCUUUGGCGAAGAGAAUCAGAAACCUUCUGAACAAGAGCAGCCAUUACAAGAAGACGCGUCAAGCGAAAGCUGAUGAAGCAUCUAUCUUCGACAAUGCUCUGAAGAAACAGCGACAAGUGGCGCCAUUUGCAGACCCUGAUAGGUGUCAGAAUCCCCAGUUUUCGUGGCAAUCUUCUACUUUCUUUCAUGAGAAUAUAGAGUGGGCAAAGACCCGGUUGGGCCUGGUUGAGAUGUAUGAAUCUGAGAGAAUGAAUUUAGAGAAGCAAAUUUCAGCGUCAGCUUAUGCUCUCAACGGCGUUCAUGAGUGCUUUGAAAUGUUGGCUCCAACUAAUCCCGCUGCCAUUCAAAUGCCUUCUCCUCCUUCUUCUUCUUCUUCUUCUUCUUCCUCUUCCCUAUUUCCAUCAACCUCUUCUAAUAAUUCAUCUUCCUCUUCUCUGUGUUCUUCACAAUCAUGUGAUUAUGGUCAUCUUCUUGAUCCUUGUACUUCCCCUUCCUUCAUCACUUCCAAUGUGGGCGGAGGUGGCAGCGGCUACCUGGAUGAUAUCUUCUUGGAUCUUUCUCAUCCUUAA